AUGAUUGGCUGGGCUGCCAUCUCUGCAGCUACUGCGGGAGUCAAGAGCUAUGGAGGAUUAGUCGCUUGUCGUUUUUUCCUCGGCUUCGUUGAAGCGGUGGGUUGCUACUUUGGAUCACCUUUCUACCCUGGUGCUCUCUACCUGCUUUCAAUCUUUUACACCCGGAAGGAGCUUGCAACCCGUAUAUCUCUCCUCUACACCGGCCAAGUCGUGAGCACCGGGUGCUCCGGCUUGAUUGCUGCUGCCACAUUCGCUACUUUGGACAAAGUCAAGGGAAUUGCCGGCUGGCAAUGGCUUUUCAUUAUUGAAGGCUCGGCCACUGCUUUGGUCGCCAUCUUCGGCUUCUUCCUCCUUCCCGACGACCCUUCUGUUACCCGCUGGCUCACCGAAGAUGAGCGAAAGCUUGCAGUUGAUCGCAUUCGCCGAGACACGGUCGGUCAGCAGGAGCGCGGAUCUACCUUGGAUGGCCUGAAGCAGGCCUGCAAGGAUCCCAAGACUUGGCUGUUUUGCCUCAUGCAGAACCUCCAUAUCUCAGCUUGCUCUUUCAACAACUUCUUCCCAACGAUCGUCCGUACCAUGUCAGUUGGACUGAUAUGCGAUCCCGAUUUGACUCGUAACCAAUGA